UGCUUGAAAAAUUAUUAUUUGCUUUUAAACAUUUAACUCAAUCACACAGAAAAUACUCCUUUUUUUCAUAAGAUAGGAAUGAAAUGAAAUUUCAAACUGAAAAUUCUUCUCACAGAUCUUGGCUUUGUGUAUCCAGGGGAGACGCUAGAGCUGAAUAUAAGAAGUUAUGUCUCCUUACCAGCCGAAUCUAUAAAAACCAAGUGGUUCUUAGAGGAUAAAUGGUGAAUCCAGUUCUUUACCAAGCAAUAUGAAGCGUAGUGACACAGGCGAGCUUUUAAGGAUAUCUGAACUUCGAAAAGAACAAGAAGGCACCAUUGUGUGUUCGGUAUACACUAAUUCGGAAUUUUUCGCCACUAAAAGAAGAUUUCUCAUCAAAGAACUUGAAAAUGAAGCAUUGGUAGUGUCUAGAAAUCGCACACAUGCAUAUAAAAAAGCAGCUGAUCCUGUAAAUAACUUCAAACAUUUCAGUAGAAGAAAAGCAAAAAAUAGCAUUCCACAAGUUUUGAAAGAACAAGCAUAUGCAUUGAGGGGACAGCGUGAAAGUGAAGCAACAGUUAAAAAGAUGAAAAUGUUAAAAAGAUGGAAGCGCAAUGUGUUUCAGAGGGACAUUCCAGUUUUUCAACAGAUGAAUGAAAAUGAGGAGCCAUCUAAUUUGGAAAAGAUUUCUGACUCACCAAAUGAAGCAGUUUCUUAUCAACCACUUAAAUACAUACAGUCUGACCACAGCAUAAAAUAUAAAAGGUCACAACAAAAAAGCUAUCAAAACAAAGGCAGAAGUACUAAAAUCCGUGAAAGACAAUUAAAACCUCCACCAGCUGAAGAAAAUGAAUACAACGAUGAUUUCUUGAACUAUCCCAUAGUCAACGUGCAUGUGACAGAAGAAGAGAUUGUUCCUAGUGACAGCAAAUCUGGUAUGGGAACAAGAAUUUCUCAAAUGGAUGACCAGCAAGCAGGUGAAAGAGGAUUUUCAAUCAUAAAAACGGACAUUGUAAGAAAACAAAAGAGUAAAAUGAGUGCUGACGAUAAAAUAUCGAAACUAAUAACCAAAUGCAAAAAAGACAGAGAAUGCUCUAUGCAUGCCACAUGCUUCAAAUAUAAUCAGAAGAAACUGGGAUUCUGCAAGUGUGUCUCUGGUUUUCAUGGGAAUGGCGUAUUUUGUUGGGAAGAUACACAUGAUAGAAAUCCUCCUCCAUUUCUUGAUGAUAGUAAAGACCCAAUUAAAGAGAAAUAUGCUUCAUAUGAAGAAAAAAAGGCCAGACAUCAUACUAAAAGAUCAUUUCUAGAGGGUUAAUUAUUUAUCAAUAAACACAAAAAGAAUCAUCAAAUGUAUCAUAUACCAAAAUGUUUUGGAAAAGAAAUUAUAUAAUAAAGAAAAGGAAGAAUUGAUUUUAGUUAAGAAUAUUCUUAAAAAUUGUCUCGUAUAUGCAUGAAGAAUUUGAAAUACUUUAAGUCACUAGAUACUUGUUGAAUACAAGUGCCGAGAUUAAUAAAACAUGGAAAUAUAAGAGACCCACAUUUUUUUCUUUUCUACUCAUAUUUUUAAAAUAAAUCUUCAAAAUAGCCAUAAAUUAUAUUUAUCUAGUUGUUCCCAAACUGUGUGCCACAGAGGCCUGAGGAGCCACGACUUCCUUGCAGGAGUAAUGCGAAUUAUACACAAUUUUA